UAAAUUGUAAAUGAUGCAACCCACUACUUUGUAAGAGAUCCAUGUCGACCUAGCAUUCCGAUGUGGACGCUUCAGGUCGACCUCACAGUACAGAUGUAAUCCCCAACACGACCACAUUAUCGGAGGAGACGCUGUUCAUUGCUUCUGCUCUCUCUAUAUUCUCUCAUCUUUCGAUAUCUCAAGUUACAGCUUUCCUUCCCCGAGUCGAAUCUAACGCGAUGGCAAAUGCAGCAUCCGGGAUGGCAGUCCACGACGACUGCAAGUUGAAAUUCUUGGAGCUGAAGGCCAAAAGGACCUUUCGCUCCAUAAUUUUCAAGAUCGAGGAGAAGCAAAAGGAAGUCAUUGUGGAGAAGCUUGGUGAUCCAAGUCAAACCUAUGAGGAUUUUGCUGCUAGCAUCCCUGCUGAUGAGUGCCGCUAUGCUGUUUAUGAUUACGACUUUGUCACGGAGGAGAACUGCCAGAAGAGCAGGAUAUUUUUCAUUGCCUGGGUCUCCUGACACAGCAAGGGUGAGAAGCAAGAUGAUUUACGCUAGCUCAAAAGACAGGUUCAAGAGAGAGCUCGAUGGAAUUCAGGUGGAGUUGCAAGCGACUGAUCCUACAGAGAUGGGUCUUGAUGUGUUCAAGAGUCGUGCCAAUUGAAUGGGGACAGACAUAUGAGGGGCCAUCGGACAAUGUGGCUUGUGGCCUUUCAGGAUUUGCAUUUACUGGGUUUGACAUGUUUAUAGUUUGGUGAUGAAUGGACUGGUUUUCAGAGUUUGAUCUGCUGUUCUGAAGUCUUUAUUUUUUCUUCAUUUGAACCAUGAAUACGUGGCUUUGGGGUACAUUUUGUUAUUGUGUGUUCCAUAGAACCAUUUUGUGUCUGAGUGCGCUUCAUGUAGCUGUAUGUCUACAAGCUAAUCUGCAACUGUUUGUUUGUGGAGGAGCGGGUUUAGGUAGGGCCUUGAGUUGGGUUGAAGGUGGAGAAGUGCACGACAAUUCUCAUUCUACUUAGGGUUGCUAAGAGGGUUCCUCAUAGCCUGCAGUUAUCAUGUUUGUUCUUGAUAUGUACUGCUAGUCUGCUAUUACUAAAAGAUAUGCUUAUCGUGAAAUGUUAAGGUUCUCUACAUGAAUCUUGUGCUCUCUCAUGCUCUCUUGACCUGGUUGCCCAGGUCUCACGCAUUUUAUUUCUUUAUGUAUUGAUUUUGAGUCCCUUUGGGAUUGGUAUUGUUCAGGGGUGUUCAAAUGGAG